CAUCAACUUCUCUGCGGAAUGCUGAUAUGCGCGACCACUUGAGUGCAGACAAGACGCGCUUUUCUUACUGCCCCAAAUAACAAGACAUUCAUAGCCUAUGCUCUGCCAUUAGCCUAAAUCUUAAUAAAAUAAUGAAUAGACAACGAGCUCUAAAAGUGGCCCGAUCACACGCCUCCCCAGAGCCAAGCCCCGUGCACCCAGUAAUCACUCAGAUGGACCUAAUCCACUUUUGAUGAACUUGGUUAAUAGACUUCCUGCUGACAUUAUCAAAGGGAUCCAACUCUAUUCAUUACGUGCACACGACCCUCGCCACGCCCAUAGCAUCCUCACAAGCUCUGGCGUUUGUCAAUAAAUGCUCCCCUUCACACCCAAAACUUUAAGGGACGGGUCUAGAAGUUCAGUUACACGUCUGCACCGUUGAAUCUACACCCUACUCAGGACAAUGCCACGCCGCAAAAGUCUCUUUGUGCCAUUUAUUUCCAGAGACGCAGACACUGGUGCGGAUUUGAAAGUGCAAGCGCAUCGUAUAGACGGUCCACGUGGAGCUCUUAUGCAGACCAGUUGGAUAGAAGAGAGGGCAGAGCGCAGGGGAAAGUGUGACCCGUGCGCUAUUGUGGAGCUCAGAUUGCCAGGGCUCAGAUACAUUGAGCAGGACCGGAGCACCAUCGAUAGAGCGCAAAGGCGUCGGCGUAUGGCUGCAAACUCCCGCGAGAGGAGGAGGAUGCUCGGGCUCAAUGUCGCAUUCGACCGCCUCAGGAGCGUCAUCCCCAACCUGGAGAGCGACAAGAAGCUGUCCAAGUCAGAGACUCUUCAGAUGGCGCAGAUAUACAUAUCGACGCUCAGCGAGUUGUUGCAGGACAGGCCCUGCGGCACGGAUUUCAGCACCACUGAACUUGAGAGCACCGAGCAAGUGCGCACUUCCCCAACUGGCAUGCCAACAGUGAACGAUACAGCAGAAGACUCAACUGUUGAGCUACCUGGGCCAGGUGCAUACGAUACCGCAUGUAGAGACAGUGGGAACGUGAUGCGUGCGCCCUGCGAAGACCAGAAGGCAGAGCUUAGAGGGUUUAUGAACCUGUGGGAGAGAACUAGUGGAACAAAAUAACUGGUUUUAUUUGUUUGUGCUUCGUAAUUGUUUAUUUUCUUUUCAUACAAAAACAUGUUGAUUCGUGUUUGAUACCCUAUGUAGAUUAUCUGGCUCAAGUAAAAACAUUUUAACAAUUUGG